AUGGCCUACAAUGGGUACGGCUAUGCGAAUUAUCAGCAGCCGAAUGCGCGGGGCCAGAGCCAAACUCCUUACGCUUCAUCGGCCCAAGACCCCAAGCCGGCGGAACGGCCGCUCCAGAACAACCGCCAGGAAUACGCGCAGCGAGACACCAACUGGAGCGGACAAAAUAUAUCUAGGGUACAGGGUUCGAACUCGCAGGGUGCCAGAAACAAUUACUGGGUGGCCCCGACAAACAACGCCGUGAACCAAUCCAUGGGCUAUCAGCAACAGGCGUCAUAUCGCACUUCAGACAUAGAUCAGACCACAAAUUCGGCGCGCCAGUAUAAUAGCCAACCGCAAUCUCAGCACCAUACCAGCGCACAAGGGAGCAAUAGUUAUAGGGUUGAAUCUACUUCAAAUACGGGCAUAAGACAGAAUGCUGUGGCUCCUAGUACUCAUUAUGCUACUGGUACUUCACAAGCUCCGGCAGGGGUUCUUCCCACCACAGCUUCACAGGCCUAUCAGUCGCGGACGGCAUUGCAUCAACCUGACUCUACGCAGAACUCCCGCACUGCCGCAGCCACAGCAAUGACUGCUUUGUCCUCUGCUUCUAGGCACAAUUACAAUCAGAAUAUGACCGCUUCCACUUCAAAUACCUAUCAGAUAUCAAAUUCCACUCAGUAUAGCACUCCAGACCCUGGUUCAGCGAGAAGUCAGGUGGGAGCCAACACUGCAAGCUCGUCGAAUACUUUAUAUCCAUAUCACUCUGGAAAUUCCGAUCAAAGCCGUGAAGUCGGUCGCAUGUCAUCCUCCACUGACAUGCGUCAGAGGGGAGACACCUCGGAUAUGAGCAUGCCAUCGGCAUCGAGCGCGGAACCAUCGCCACAACUCCAAUACCGAGCCCACCAAACCCAAGUAGCAGCCGCCUCUCGCUCCCCAUCGCUCCCACACCAAAUUAGAAGGGCCCAGGUUCCUGCACCCCAAACCUGCCCUGGAAAACGACCAACUCCUAAUGAUACCCGGCAAGCGCUAGCUCUAGGUCAUAAUACCCACCACCCGCAGCAACAUACUGAGACGACCUCAGCUGCGGCAGCAUCAACCGCCCAGACAUCCCUGCCUAGGUUUGUUGAUCCUACAAGCAUAUAUAAUCCCUACUAUAUGCAGGUUGGGGUGUCUGAAGGUGCAGCUACUGCUAAAGCAAUCGUUGAACAGAACCCGGCGACCGUCUCAGAUCAAACGGAAGCUGCACAAACAGUAAUACGGCAAGAUUCUACUGGGCCUUCAGCACCGAGUCAGUCUCCCGAGCCAAGUGUCACAGCACCGGAAGAAUCCACGCAAGCCACAGCAGUGUCCACUACCCAUACGAAUGCCCCUGAGAAGCCGAAGAGGAAAAAACCACCAAAAGAAGUUUCGAAGGAUACUCCAAAGAAAGUAAGAAAGAGAGCGAGCCGAAAACGGAAGUCUGAUGCUACGUCGACCCCUAAACCAACUAUUGCAGAGCCUCAAGCCAGUUCAGCCACCAAUGGAGGGGCGAAGGAAAAUGAGGAUACAGCAAGCCAAAUGCAACGGAUGCUUGACGAAAUGCGCAUGAAGGACCCAAAUCUGUUUAGAUCGCUUUUGGCGGCCAACAUGAACAAAGCUGAGAAUAGUGAACCUGAGCGGACUCCCUCUAACGGUACAAGCAAUGCUCGGGCAGAAGGCUUGCCUAAUGUUGCUAAUACUGCCAGCCCCUCCACACUUCCACAGCCACCUACCUCCAGUGCUAGUACAGGCCGUACGCCUUUAGCAAAAUCUCCUAGCAAACGUACACCAGCCAAACGUACGCCAGUCAAAGCGACGGCUGCCCGUAGUACACCUAUCCAACAAGCAUCAAUCGAAAAUCCGACUCCUGUGCAGCGGCCACUAGAAGCUACUUCAGUGGUCGGUAGGCCCGAUACGCCAGUUGAUACUGGCACCGAUAGUCCACACACCGCCAAACCGGGGAUUAUUGAUGGUUUACCUGACCUGGGGAAAUUCCCAGCAUUACGACGAAAGCGGAAGCUGAAGACUGGGACUAGUUUUGUAGCAGAUGGGCUCAACCAAGGUACCGUUACCACAUUCCAUGUGAACGACCCAGGGUACAUAGAGGACCAAGCCAGCCAGUCGACCCCUAACCCUCAACCAGUUUCAAACGUUCCCCAGCACUAUGCCUCCUUAAGCGUUGAAGAGCAACGCCUGAGUCUUUUAGAUAAUUUCACUAAAACUGGACGUGCUGAAAUCCCCCCAACUCCCGCGAUACCCACUCCUGCAACAGAAAGCAUCCCCCCUAACCAAGUGGUCAAUAUCAAUAAUGCCCCAGCCGCCCAUCCCCCGCUGCAGCCGCCAACAGAAGGAACGAAUGGAAAUCGCAAGGCGGUAUCUUUCUGGCCUAAUCAUAAGCGCCGUGUUUUAGCUGAAUCAGCGUGCGAAUAUAUCGCCACAUAUCCAGGCAAUAAGGUCAUUACUCCUGAUUUUGUAUCAAGCCUAAUUGAACAAAACCCGAGCUAUAUUCAACUUUGUCACAUGCUAGAGCAACAUGGCUAUACUAUAAAUAAGGUCCAUUUUGCGAAGCAUCUUUUACAAGCAUUCCCUGAUCUCGGUGAGAGCUCUGGAAAGACAAAGGUCGAAACUCAGCCAACAUCGCAACCUCCCCAGCCUAUCCUACCAGUCUCAUCCUUCGUUUCCCCAACUCCGUCACCCGCAGCCCUCCCCCAAUCAAGUCAGAAUGGGGUGAGCCCCCAGGUAGCUACUGACUCGAAGCCGGUUCCCCCAUUAUCGCGAGAGGAACAACGUCAAAAAUCCCUUAAUCUACUUCAUCUUUCUCGGCGCACCAAAAGCGCCUCUCAACGGCGUAUUUCAAUUUCUGCUUCGCCGGCACCGCAACCUCGCGAACCACUACCCAACUCCAAGGAAUCGAUGGCCCGAAAACGAACAUUCGCAGAAAUUGUGGACCUUUCGGCUCUCAGUGAUGAGGAAGAUGACGAUGAUGAAGUUGAAGAAGUAGUUGACCAGCAAAAUCACGAUGAAGUCACUAUUGAAGAUCCAAUGGAUACUUCACCUGAUGGCCCUAUCGAAUCCGUGGCGGAGACCACCAUGUCCAUGCAGCCCUCUGCAAUGGAAUCUCCACCACUACCAGAGUCAAGAAGCCGUAGCGCCACGCAACCCGUCCAGACAUCGCCUGGUAUGCCUCGAGACCCCUCGCUCAUACCCGAACCAGCUCCAGAGAAAGCCGCCGAUUUAGCAAACUUCCAAUAUACAGAAACAUCUUAUGCCAGCAGGAAAGAGGAACUCCGCCGUUAUGCUGGUAUCGUCAAACCCAUGGACAAAGCCAAAGCGUUAAAGAGGUCGUACUAUGAUCCCCGAACUAUCGCCAGAGAUAUCCUGAUUGCUGCUGGCCGCCAUCCCACAGAGCGCCCUCUCAACCAGCACUUGUUAAAGCUCAAGGAGAAGUUUCAACAUAUGGAUUACUCCUCCGAUCUCGAGACGUUCCGCUGGGAUCUCGUCGACCCAGGCGGCCCUCCUCCCCCCAAAACUGCCCCUGUCCCCAUCAUCACCCAGCCGAAGUUCGAGUCACGUGAGAUGUUGCAGACUUCACGUGACCCUGCUAGCUCCCAGCAACUUCCUGGUGCAGCCAACGCGACCGCUCAUCCCCUGCCUCAGCAUCAUAAUCCAACAGUCGAAGCCGACGCUCCCUCGAACCCCAUGGCACCAACGCACACCUCUCCUUCCUUUGCCUCUUCUCUCCCCACGAGACCUGGGCCGCGCCGGGCCGGGCGUCCCCCCGGCGCGAAGAAUAAGCCGAAACUUGUUCCUCAUACGACUAGGAACAUCGAGGUUGCCAUCCCUACUGCCACACCGCGAAAGUCGUCGGGCACGUACCAGAUAUAUGAGUGUCGCUUUGAUGGCUGUGGCGCCAGGCUACACAACUUUGAUAUAUUUCGAAAGCAUGUCUUGAAACUGCACGGUCGACCUGAUGAGAUACCCGCAGUCUGCAUGUGGGCAGGUUGUGCCUCGUUAGGAAAAGGCGGACAAGUAGAACAGGGGAGAUUUUCUGCUAAGGAGCUCAGGGAGCAUUUGGACAGAGUGCACCUGAGCCAGCUGGCUUGGAAACUGGGUGAUGGGCCGAAGCCCAUAUCCUCCGGUGAGACUGGAAAGUUCAACCAACCAAUUGUUAUUUCCUAA